CCCACUCCUCCGUGCUCCCCCCGAGGAAAUGGUUCAACCGAAGGGGCGGUGCCAAGGUGCCCGGGCCGCUCCGAUUGGUCGGGGCGAGCCGUACCACGGCGGUGGCGGGGGAGCGCUUCGUGGGCAGCCGGCGGGCUCCGAGGCCGUGAGCGCAAAGCCUCAGGCCCCGGCUCUCUCCUGAGCUGUGCCGUGCCAGGCCGCCCGCCGGGAUGCAGUGGGCCGUGGGCCGGCGGUGGGCGUGGGCCGCGCUGCUCCUGGCUGUCGCAGCGGUGCUGACCCAGGUCGUCUGGCUCUGGCUGGGUACGCAGAGCUUCGUCUUCCAGCGCGAAGAGAUAGCGCAGUUGGCGCGGCAGUACGCUGGGCUGGACCACGAGCUGGCCUUCUCUCGACUGAUCGUGGAGCUGCGGCGGCUGCACCCAGGCCACGUGCUGCCCGACGAGGAGCUGCAGUGGGUGUUCGUGAAUGCGGGUGGCUGGAUGGGCGCCAUGUGCCUUCUACACGCCUCGCUGUCCGAGUAUGUGCUGCUCUUCGGCACCGCCUUGGGCUCCCGCGGCCACUCGGGGCGCUACUGGGCUGAGAUCUCGGAUACCAUCAUCUCUGGCACCUUCCACCAGUGGAGAGAGGGCACCACCAAAAGUGAGGUCUUUUACCCAGGGGAGACGGUAGUGCACGGGCCUGGUGAGGCAACAGCUGUGGAGUGGGGGCCAAACACAUGGAUGGUGGAGUAUGGCCGGGGUGUCAUCCCAUCCACCCUGGCCUUCGCGCUGGCCGACACCGUCUUCAGCACCCAGGACUUCCUCACCCUCUUCUAUACUCUUCGCUCCUAUGCUCGGGGCCUCCGGCUUGAGCUCACCACCUACCUCUUCGGCCAGGACCCUUGACCAGCCAGGCCUGAAGGAAGACCUGUGGAUGGACAGGAGCGGGCAGGCCCGCACAUAUCCACUUGCUGGAGCCCAUGUUUACAGACAGGGACAUACACCAUGCAGAUCCUGAGUUCCUGCUGUAUGAGCAGGGAUAUCCAUGCUUAUGUAUCCAAACAAAGAGACCCAUGGGAACAAACGAGACACAUAUAGAUACUGAGACCUGUGUGUACAGUAGGACCAUGCACUCACACCCAUCUGGAGAGGGAGCCCCUGGUAUACCAAGGGAGCCAGUUGUGUUCAGACACACACAUCACAAGCUUGACUCACUAACUCAGGCCUUUCCAGAGCUCCACAGCUUCCCACCUCCUCCCCACCGAACCGGGGUUCUGGAGUUAAGGAUGGGGGAGGGUAUUAUACUGCCUCAGUCUGACUCCUCAACCCAGCAGCAAUUUGAGGGGAUGAGGGGGAAGAGGAGCUGCCUUUUGGAGGCCCCCUUCACCUGCAGCUAUGAUGCCCUUCCCCUUCUCCCCUGUCCUCACCAUAUGCCUUAUCCCCGUUCUACUCCCCUGCUAUGCAAGUGCCCCUGUGGCUUGUCCCCAACCCCCUCAGCAACCAAGCUCAGCUGGGGAAGCAGAGUAACGUGAAGAAUGCUUGAAGUCAGCGUCUUCCAUUCCAGAAAGACCCCCAUUCUUUGGGGGUAUGAUGUGGAAGCUGGUUUCAGCCCAGGACUCACCACUGAGGAGAGGAUCUAGACAGGUGGGCCUAAUUCCAAGGGGCCCUUCCUGGCCUGGAGAAGGCCUUUUACACACACACAACACACACACACACACACACAUCACAGUUUUCAGACAGCCCCCACUGCAUUCUCUGUCCAUCUGUCUGUUUCUAUUAAUAAAGAUUUGUUGAUCUGUUC